AUGCAUCUGCAUCAAUCUUAUGGAGCUUGUGGAAUUGUGCUUAUUCUGGCAAUAUUAGGAAUUACAUGUGAGAUCUCGUGGGCCAGUAAACAAUGUAAGACAGUCGUGAUGGAUGUACACGUGAAAAGAUGUAGGCUCGGUACUGAGAGAGCCAAAAGAGGCCUGGAAAAAUUCGAUCUGCAAAAAUAUACUGACAAGUAUGAAGCGAAGAGACAGGAAGAAUCCGAUUAUUCGAAGCCGAAAGAUUCGAUGUCGCAUGGCGUUCCACAGAAAAGGCAACUGACACUCGAACAAGUCAGUGGUAUUGCCUUGCCAAUUGUCACGAAAGCUAUAAAUGACGCCUCCAAAGCUCGAGCGUAUGCAUCCGGAAUAGGAUCUCAUGACUCCAGCCUAACGACGGGAUCUAUUCUCAAUCGACCAGGAUAUCUCUGGGCACCUUAUCCGUUCGGCAGGAGUUUUAUACCCUUCCGCACUCCGGCCUAUAACGACGAUCUCGAUCUCAAUCUGAACGCCGAGGAACUGGAUGAAUUGUACAAUGAUAUCUACGAAAGACUACCGAGAGCUUCGAAAGAUGAAGCUUGGAAGAUUUUCUUAGAAACAGCCUCGAAAUGUUGCCAAAACGUCGACAAGUGUCUUAAGGAAACGACGCACGUACCUUGUCUUGGAAGUCGGACAUCUUAAUGCGUUGAUCGCCAUGAUGAUCGACGCCUACUUUUCAUUGACGCUCUUAUAGUGAUCACUGAU